UUGAGUGUGUUAGUGGCUCCUAAGUGUGCUCAAGGGAACCAGAAAGAAGCGUGCAGACUUGGAGUAAUGCAGGUGUUUUUCUUUUUCUCAAGAUAAAAGGAUUGACUUCAUGGGGCCAAUUGAAGAGUUGCUGAAGCCUGGCUGCUCUUGAACCUUGAAAACAGUGUUUGAUUUUCAGGUUUUUCAGAUGAGUUGUUGAACUUUUUACUUCCACCAACGAGCGUCAAGAGCCGAGCUGCUUUCCAGGGAAUUCAAACAGCAUUUCUGUUUUUCUUUUCUGAUCAAUCAUUCCAGGCACAAUGGACCCCCCAUUCGUUUCCGAUAUAUACUCCAACACCACCUUUGUGGAUGAUCAUUUAUUAUACAAGGACAAUGUUGAUGGUUUUCGCAUCACCAUGGCUAUACUGUACUUGGUGGUCUGCAUCCUGGGACUCGCCGGGAACUCCCUCGUCGUUAUUGCCAUUUUGAAAUUGGACAAACUCUCAUCUUCCACCACGGUUUACAUCUUCAACCUGGCGCUCGCUGACGGACUCUUCAUGGUGGGUCUUCCCUUCAUAGUGAGCCAGAACUUCCAGAAUAAGUGGAUGUUUGGCGACAUAGCGUGCAAAGUGGUGAUGGUCCUGGACGGCCUCAACCAGUUCACAAGCAUCUUCUGUCUCACAGCGAUGAGUAUCGACCGCUACAUGGCGUUGGCCGAUCCUCUGAAGUUCGCCCGUUGGAGAACGCCUCGUUGGGCAAAGAUCGUCUCGGCGUUCCUUUGGCUGUUCUCUCUUCUGACCAUCCUACCCAUGGCGCUUCACUUCUCCUCCGAUCGAGGUUUGUGCAUACCGGACCUCGAUUCGGACGCCUGGUGGCUCGGAGUUCUUUCCUACACCUUCGUCAUGGGGUUUGCUUUGCCUUUUACCGUCAUGACGGCUUCCUACGCGGCGCUUCUGCUAACAAUGAGGUCCCAACGGAUCCGGAUGACGACGACGACAACGCCGAACUUUGAAACCCACCGUCUGGAGUCACAGGUCACAAAAAUGGUGGUUGCAGUCGUGGUGGUUUUCGGGAUAUGCUGGCUGCCGUUUUACACCUUGAACUUCUACGCUCUGUACCAAACGGGCUUGUAUUUGACCUUCGCCAGAGCCUUUGAGUUCAUUGUGCUGCUGUCGUACUCGUGGAGCUGUGCCAACCCCAUCCUCUACGCAUGCUUUUCCGAAACUUUUCGGAGAUACUUCCGGACCCUCCUCUGCCCCGCCGCCAAAUCACCUCCCAGCAUGCAAUGCAACACUGAACGGUAUGACUUAAAUGAGGCAAGUUUGACCAUUCUGGCCUAGAGAGACGGUUAAAAACGCACUCAAUAUCCGGUCACUGCAUGAUACGUCUUCCAACUUAUUUAAAAAGACAUUUAGAUAUGUGAUAAAUUCUGAUUUUUUACUUUUCUUGACUUUGAAUACAUUGUUGUACCUAAUUUCUUUGAUUUUACUUGUCCUAUGUUAUCAGAUUUGCAACAUUUUGUUGAAUUUUGUUCGUGAAUUUCCUCUCAUGAUGCACUGCAGAUACUUCUCCAGAUUUAUUCGAUGGUUUGUGGAUACAUUUAUUUAGUUUUUUAACCUUGACUUGGAACAUAUUGAGGUUGUACAUAUCUUUUGAGCUCUCUUGGCCUAUGUGAUCUGAAUUUUGAGGUAAUAUUGUCUAAAAUAUAGAUGUUUCAUCAAGUGUAUGUAGAGAUUGAGAUCAGAAAGGUGUUGGUUCAGAGUUCAAGUACCGACUGGCUGCGCGGCAGAAACAAAUCACUGUAAUAUCCCUGUGCGAAUGGAAAAAGAUACACUUUUACUUUUCAAUUCCAGAGAGUCUCUUGCCUCAAAGGCAGCAAAAUACUCAUCAAACAGCACACUUCAAUUGGAUAUGCUAUUACACAAACCCCCGUUCUUGACAGAGUACCUCAUGCUCUAUCUGACUCAGACCUUUUGUACAAUUUAUCUUCUAAUAACUCCGACUGCUGAGCCGAGACGCUCCACUGCAUCUCCUGCCUUUCAUCAGAACUAAUGAAAUGAGGCACAAGAGGGAUGAAGUGUGGACAGGUGGAGUGUAAACAGAAAAACACCAGCACAAAGCUCCUGGACUCCCAGAGCUGGAUUAUGCACUGGUGGCUUUAAGAUCAGAUGAAUAUUUGGUACAUCUGUUUGAAGAUUUGUCCUAAAUUCACCAAAAGUCAGCAUCACAUUAUGCCUCAUAUGUUCAUUUAAACAUAACAUGUCGGAAAACUCGUAAUGCAAAAAUGUAUUGUCUUAAUGUCAGAAAGGAACAGGGGAAAUUUCAUAGUGAUAUCUAUUAGUUACAUUUUUUACCCUAUCGAUCAUUUCUGAAUUUCACAAUCCAUAUUUGUUCUCAAAAAUAGGUUUUUCUCCUCCUUUCUUCAGCAGAUAUCUCCUCUUCAGUAGCACUUACACACACACAACUGUCCAGCUUCAUUCCUGUCUAUAUUCUGAAGCUUUUUACAGAUAGGUAGCAUUCACACACCAUUUACGACCUGAUUUAUGGUACAAUUAUUCAUAAAACAUGUCGAAAAAGGGUUGUUUUUUAAUGAUUGUAUACAAAAUAUCAUGAUUUAAGCUUCACAGAUCAUGAAAACUCGAACAAUGUAAUCCUAAAACUAUGGCAAACAUGUAUUUGUAUGGCUGUUGUCCGAACUUUCUAAUUACAAAUGGCCCUUUGUAAAAACCUUAAGAGAUAUGCCAACAAUAUUCAAACAUUUUGAACCUGGCUUUAUCCAAUGUUGACAUUCUUCUUCUGUAAAUACAUGCACAUUAGCAUAAAUCUUACAUUCGUUUGAUUAAUUUGAGUUAUGCUUUUCAUGCCCAAUGACAGACUUUACAUGCUUUUCAAAUUGUAUUAGUUUCAUGCUUCUUUCGUCUUGAAAUGAUCAUGCAUCCUGGACAAUUUCAAUAACGAAAUAAUAUACUGCCAAAAUUAACUAAAUCAUAACAUGUAGAUAAUUAAACAGGAAAUAGAUGUGUGCAAACAUGUGUCAAAAAGCAAAGGGUCAGAUGGAUGUUGAUGCUGUCAAUUAUCUGUGAUAUAAAUAUGUAUAAAUGAAAAGGUAAUGUGUGCGGGACAAUCUGUAUCGUGAUGACUGAAACAUAAAUGUGAGGAUGUAUCCCAGAGUGCCUUCAUUUAAUACUCAAUGUAAGAGGCCCUUAAUAGUAAACAUAUAGUCACUUUACUGUAUAUAUCAGCAUGUUACACUCUGUUGCUUUAUGACUGUAAAUAAACAAAAGGUGCUUGUGUUUCAUGUGGAAUAAAACUCGUACGUUCUGCCAAA